AGUUUAGCACUUUGCAACAUGAUCCGCGCACACCACGGAGAGGCCGGGCUCUGCGGUCCUUCAUCCUACCUUCCCAGCGCACCACAUGGAGACUGGAUAGAGCCACGGUGAACGGGGAAUGACAAAGAAAAGAAGGUGGACCAUCUUCCUCUGGCGGCUGGCUAUAUGAACCCGCUCAGCAUCAGCAGCGAUCUGACCCAGCAGGGGCAAACACAGAGAUGAGGGUGACGGGAAGUAAUGCUACCAGUGCUUAUUGCGGUCUGCGUCAAACCUCUCGCUGCUUCAGAAGAUAAUGCCCUCGGUGCCAUUUAAAGGACUUUGUGGGUUUAUUAUUUGCUUGUUUCAGGGGUCCAUGUCAGUAGCCUAUCUCGUGGGCAAAAGUCCAGCAGGGACAGUGAUGGUCACCCCGUCUCCAGCCUCUCAGUCACUCUCAGCCUCUGCACUGUAAGGAGAAGCUCGUCCUGCCUGGGGAAGUGGGCUUGGGAAGGAAUAUGCACAGAUAGAAAAAACAAUUGUUGGUGUUGUUGUUGUUGUUGUUGCUGCAUACAAACCAGACCGAGCCUUAAUUGGAUUACCGGGUGUUGGUAACCAACAUGAACUCCUUGUUUUUCUCCGACAAUCCGCCCGGGCCGAUCUGCAACGUCCCCACCGGGUCGGGCGCGGUGACCAGCGCACUGCGAAAUGACCUGGGCUCCAACAUCCAUGUGCUGAAAACCCUCAACCUGCGGUUCCGCUGUUUCCUUGCCAAAGUCCACGAACUGGAGAGGAGAAACAAACUCCUGGAGAGCCAGCUGCAGCAAGCUCUGCUGAGAACGCAGUACCGCCACCUUUACGCCCGUGAUGUUGCCGUGCAGACGGACGGCCCCGAUUCCCGAUUGCCGGGCACCAUCUGGAGUUUCACCCACGUCCGGAGGCAAGGGGAGCGCUUGGAGACCCUGCGCGGGCCCGGGUUAUCGUGGUCGCAUCCGGAUGGAGUUGGGGUCCAAAUAGACACCAUUACCCCAGAACUGAGGGCUCUUUAUAACGUGUUGGCCAAAGUCAAACGGGAGAGGGACGAGUAUAGGAAAAAAUGGGAGGAGGAGCUGUCAAAGCGAGAGCAGCUGGAGUCCACGGUGGAAACAAUGCAGCAGAGCGCCCAGGAGUCAACCGAGGUCCAGGACGAGCUGAGCGAGAAGGUGGACAGACUGAAGGCUGAACUUGUGGUCUUCAAGAGUCUUAUGACUGAUAGACGGCAAAUGUCUGACCUGGAUAGCCAGAUCCAAGAGAAAGCCAGGCGGGUGGACAUGGACAUCUGCAGGCGAAUCGACAUCACGGCCAAACUGUGCGACGUGGCUCAGCAACGCAACUCCGAGGACAUGUCGAAGAUGUUCAACGUCAGUCCGGCCCGGUCGCUCCCAGAGAGGGGCGCUAUGGCCUGCUGUAGGAAAAAAGAGCGCAAAGCCAUUUCUGAUGAAGAGAGUUCAGAGAUGGAUGCUGAGCCCAGCCCUUCAGAGGAUGACGCCCCCGGGUCGCUCAACAUCACGGACGAAAUGAAACGCAUGCUCAACCAGCUACAUUGUUCAGAUAACUCCUUUGUUGCCAGGCGCGAGACGUUUGAAAUUGAUGACGACUGCGACAGUUUGACGUGGGAGGAAAACGAGGAGACUCUGUUGCUCUGGGAGGACUUCACAAACUACAACAUGCCGUGCAACAUCACUGCAACGCCCAGCACAACCGCCGGCCCUGCGGAUGGCAACGGUGAAGCCCCUGAUCCAGACUCCCAGGAUGGAAGUCUUGGCAGCCUCAUUGAUGAGACGGAGUCACUAUUUAAGACCAGAGAGCAGGAGUACCAGGAGACCAUCGGCCAGAUCGAGUUGGAAUUGGCCACAGCAAAGAGUGACAUGAACCGACACCUGCAUGAGUAUAUGGAGAUGUGCAGCAUGAAGCGAGGCCUGGACGUGCAGAUGGAGACCUGUCGGAGAAUGAUUAAAGGCGGCAGGAACUCUCCCUCUGUCAGCUCUGUGGCCAGCAGCGACUCAGGGAACACAGACGAGAUCCAGGAUGAGAUAUCGGACAAGGACGCAGAGGCUGAAGUCCCUGUUAGUUGAUGGCUGCGUAGCCAGGCGCUGUCCUCUCUCUUCCUGAACUCCCCUCGUUGUCACAGGGGUCAAAUGUGUAUAGAGGUCCAACCUGCUAGAAAGGUGUAGCAACCUAAAUCUGGGCCUGUUUGACCUGUUAAAGUUCUGAUGGUCGUGCAAACUGAUGCAGGCCCAGAACUGAACUGGUGCUUUUAUACAAUAUCUGUUGUUUAAGAAGUGGUGGGGGCCUCUUUGCUUCACAAAGAGAACAGGUGCAAAUAGAGUUUGAGCUGUGCUAUCUUCCUCACUGCUGCCUCGCUGGAUCCUAUUCCAGAGCUUAGCAUCAUUUUAGGGGAGAGAAAAAAAUUCUCAAAUAUUUUAAACGGGCUGAGAAGUAUUUUGUACAAAUUCUUACCUUAUAUUGUCCCUUUAUUCUAAAGGAAUUGAAAAUAGUACAUAUUGUGCUCCUCCAGAUAGCUUUCACAAAUUAUACAUCCAUCUUUACAGAUAUUUUGUAAUGUUUCAAUUUAGAUUAAAAAAUGUCUGUGCAUCUGAGUUGGAACACUAUUUAGUUGUUGUUUGCAGUCCAAAUUCAGCUGUUGAGGGGUUUAAGUGUCUUCUGCCAAGGAGACAAAACAAGGAGUGGAGACAAAUGUUGUUAGUCCUGGUGGUUUCUGAGGGAACUCUGCAGAGUUGCCAACGUUGACAGAGGAAAGGAGCACAGCCUUUUGAUGCAUCAGUGCACUACUCAAGUUCUAUGCAAUUUAGCUGGCCUUAUUUUUGGACUGGCUUUCACCCUUCAUUGUUUCUCUUCAAUCCAAUACAAUUAGCCUUUUAAGCAAAGCAGGUGUUUUCUAUGUAUCUCUUUUUGUGUGUGUGUGUGUUUGAACCUGAAAUAAUUUUAGUAUAGAACAUUUGUUUUUUUUCAUGGACACCAACACUAAAAACUGGAACAGUGCCCCCGCAACAAGGGACUAUUAUCUUCAUUCACGACUAUAAUGUCAACAUCGGCCAGAUGCUACUGAAACAGGCAGUGCAUUGUUGUGGUUCUGGUGUACCUUAAUGAGGAAACAUUGUUUUUGUCUUGUGCAGUUUACUUUGUGAACACCAAGACAUUUUAAAUGGCGAAAAUCCAAUCGUUUUUUAUAAAAUAAAUCACUUUAAAAUUAUCAAAGCCAAACAAUGCCCUCCAAUGUCUUAAGCAAAACCAAAGGACACCUUUUGAAAAGCUUCCUUUUUCACAUACUCUUCAUAGGUGAAAUUCUUUCUUUGUUCAAGUGUAAUUUCAUUAAGAGCUGUCACCUGCUGCCCUGCAGGGGACUCUGUUCCAGACGGGUUGCCCAUCCUGCUUUGUCUCUUGUGAAUCGGGGCUUAAAGUGUCAGACUGUACAUAGAGGGCUGCAGGCAUGUGAUCGUAUACCCCAGAGGCCUUUUUAUUCAUAUUAAGUCUCUUCGCAACAGAUUGAGAGGUCUCAAAAAUUUCACUUUUCAGUGCUCUUGCCGGAUUAUCGUAGCAACCGAUUGAAGCAUGGGGACAGGAGUGAUCUUUUUAUCAUCUCUUUGUAAUAUAUUGUAAGAACGGUUAGCUGGAUCAAAGAUUAAGUGCUACUUCUUUAUUGAAGUUUUACAUAAGCAGAAUGUUAAAAUGCAGGCCUUUUGUUAUUGCAGCAUGUUUGUGUGGAGAAAGUGAACUGAAUUUCUUUUUAUAUAGAAUCCAUUUUUUUUUUUUUUUUUUACUAAAGACUGUGUCCUAAUCCAAAAUUAAUUGUAUUUGUGACAAAAAAAUGUAUUUUUCACUGUUUUCUAAUCAUUCUAUGUUAAAGUGUGUUAUUGUUGCCAUAUUCUGCUUUUAAUAAUUUUAACUAUUAAUCUUGUCCCUGACAUUUUGGUCACUUAUUGACCAUAUCAGAUCACCCCUUAAAAAAAACGAAUUGACUAUGUAAGAAAAGAGGAAGGAACAGUCUUCCUCACAGAGAUCUCUCAUAUGCUUUUAUGUUUUAUUGUUUGUGACAUCAGCCUGAUAAGUAACAAAGAGCCAUUCUUCUAUUGGUUCUAUACUUUGUAUCGACAUCAAAUGCUUUAUUUAUUGAGUAAAUGACAGUAACAUCCAGAAACAGCAGGCCAAACAUCACAGUUCCCGUUUCCUUGUUUAGAUUGAAGCCAACAUCACACCACCAUCAUCACACUAACCAGCUAAGUAGAGCAGAGUGUACAGUAACAUGACAUUGAUGUAAAUCAAUCUACAAAUACUACCAACUCCUGAAAAUCUGUUUGUCCAUGUUACCACAAUCACCAUCACACAGGUUUUUAGUUAGCAGAAAUGUACCAGAUUUUUUCAAAGUGUAUUAUCUAUAUUUUGUUCGACAUCCAGUUGAUAAAACCGGAGCAACCCUCCUUAAUGAAUGUAGCUUAAUUGGAGGCAUCCUCUAAAGACCUUACAGGUAAAAGCUGAGCAAAACAAUGUAGCCGUUUAAAAUCCAGGGAUAUAUGGUGUGCUGUUAUUGGAGACCUUGGUAUGUAUUGCUUUACUAAACGGGUUCUUACCUGAACAACUUACAGUAUGUGACUGAGAUGUAUGUAAAUUAGGUCUGUCUGGAUGUGAGCGUUUCAUACUUAAAGGGUUUGAUAUAAUUGGUUUUUAUCAGUGUGGUGCUGGGAUUAUAUGGUUGUGUUAACUGUUGUGUCAGUAUACAGUUUUAGACUCACGGUCAUCAACAUACCUGUCUGUUGUUAAAUGUCAUUUUUUCUUAUAUUUAAUUUCAUGAACAUGACAUGGAGAUAAAAGGUGCAGCAAUACUGAUACUGGUCUUAUUCUUUCAUUUGCAUCCCAGGAAGCGACUUGUUGGUUUUAUUUUAAGUGGUUGAUUUGUCUUCUUUAAUUGAACUGCUUUUCUCUCUUAGAUUUGUUAUUUUGUUUAAACUAUUGAUACAAUAUAUUCAUGUGGGUCUGGGGCAGAUUGGUUCAAUAUUAUGAAUGUACUCAUAUUGGAUAUUGGGGGAAAAUGAAAUAAAAAGGUGAAUUGGAUAAAAAA